AGCGUCACGUUUGACGCUCAGGAAGUGGACUAAACCACCGAAGAUUCCCGCAGAUUCGUUAUCGCUUGUCCCAAUGUUACAAACGUGUGCUCUCUAACUUAAACCCGUUGUUUAAGUGCCUUUUGUUGGAUGUCUGGGACGAUAAUGCUGGAUGGUUGCGCUCAUGAAAUUCACCAGAGACAUAUGCAGGCUGUUGGGACUCGGGAGCGGCCCCCCUGUCCAGCAGCAGGAGGAGCAGAUGGACUGUAGUGCCGCAAGCCCUGACCCGAGUGAAGAUGCCCCCUUGUCACAGGAUGCAUUAAAUGGAGAGGAGGAUUUGACCGAGGAGGAGAAGGUCAGACGAAGGGCGGAGCGACGCAAAGCUAAGAGAAAGCGCCGUCGAAAACGCAAGAAGCAGGAGCAGGUUAAGCAAAAUGAGAGCGCUGAACAGGAUGAGGAAGAGGAGGAUGGAGGUGCAGAGUCUGAAUUGGACGAGAGCGAGUCAGAAGCAGAAGUCGGCGCUGAAGAGGAGAAGCAAAGAGUGCAAAAAGAGGAGGUGAACGGGGCAGCUGCCUCACAGAAGCACAUCACCACAGCAGUGAUGGCUCCUUCAGGAAUCAAAGGACACCAGAAGACCCAUGGCAGACCUGCAGAAGAGGAGCCAGAGUGGGAUGUGAGCAGUGCCUUCUUCGCUAAUGCUGCUAGCCAUAUCAAACCCAAAGGAUCAAGUCGCAAGUCCAAAGAAAACAAGGAGAAUGAGUCGAGGAGGGAGACAAAUGGAACUGACACCAUGACCAAGAAAAGUGCAUCGCUGACAGCAGAAAAAGGGAUAAAACUGGUGCAGGAGGGGCAGUACGCACAAGCAGUCGCUAUGUUUACAGAAGCCAUCAAAUGUGAUCCAAAGGACAACAGGUUCUUUGGGAACCGUUCCUAUUGCUAUUACUGCUUGGAGCAGUACCCUCAGGCCCUGGCAGACGCUGAACGCUCCAUUCAGCUGGCCCCAGACUGGCCCAAAGGACACUUCCGCCAGGGCAGUGCGCUCAUGGGCAUGAAGCGUUACAGUGAGGCAGAGAAGGCCAUGGAGCAGGUGCUGAAACUGGACAAAGACUGUGAGGAGGCUGUCCAUGACCUCUUUAACUGCAAAGUGCUGCAGUUAAUGGAACUUGGUUUUGAAGAGGGGCAAAGUGUCAUGCUGCUGGAGAAGUUUUCAACUGUGCAGGCUGUUCUGACAGCUUGCUCUGAUGUUGCCAGGGCUGGGAGCCAAGAUUCAGUUGUGCAACCAGGAAGCCCUUGUCCGUCUCUGUGGGUGGGAAAUGUGACGACUGAGCUAACCGAGAAACACCUGUGGGACCUUUUUAAAAUGUACGGUGAGAUAGAAAGUAUCCGUGUGCUGCAUGAGAGAUUCUGUGCCUUUGUCAACUUCAAGAAUGCAAGUAUGGCCGCUCGUGCCAUGGAGAAACUAAAUGGUCAUUGUAUUGAGAACACGCGUUUAGUGGUGAGAUAUCCAGACCGUCGCACUCAGAGGGUCCUUCCUUUCCCACUGAAGACCUGUCUCCCCGUCACACAGCAGGCAGGGGCAGCUGCUGGACUGAGACGUCGUGGCCCAGUAAAUGGAGACGAGUGUUACUUCUGGAGAACCACCGGCUGCCAUUUCGGGGACAAAUGUCGCUACAAACACAUUCCUGAUCAGAAAGGCAAGGACCGGAAGCCCUGGCAGCCCUGAAUUUGGCCGAUUCUCUACCCCAGUGGUGUGCAGGAAACUGGGAAGCACAGACUGCGCCAAAGGAGCCGGCACUUACUGGACCAGGUUCCCUGGGCUAAGAAUACUGUACCGAAUGGACCAGAAUAGUCAAAGGAUCAGAGCCAACAGGGAUGAUCACACAUGUUCCAUGGAGGACUGGGAGUAUAAAGGUUUUUAUUUUAAUACAGGAACUAUUGAUCAGUAGUACAACAUGAAACAGCAGGUUAACAAAUUCACCUGGUGUAGUCUUUGGUUUGAAUGAAAACCUUCAUAAUCACAGCGCUUCACAGCAAGUGGUGACCUAUUCCUCCUUUAAAGGAUAUGACCUAACUUCACAGGCCGACAACAUAACAAGGAAGUGAAAGUGUCAUGGCCCACUAUUGGAAAAAAGAAAGAAGUAUUGUCACUGCCACGUUACAGCAGUAAUGAAAGGACUCAGUAUGGAUGCGUCAGGUCAGGGCUCUUCAGCGAUAAUCCUGGGGACUUUCCUUCUCCAGAACUUCCACCACAAAGCAGUGUUCUUCCCCAUUUUUAAAAGUUCACACACUUGAUGAGUACUUUUAUCUUGCAGUUUGUGAAGUUGAUUUUUAGGUUGCGGUUCAUUCUGGGACUCCAUUUCCCAUUUGUUAUUCCUGUGCCCAUAUCAGCACACGUUCCACCAGACCAGACCAAAGACUUACCAACACACAUACUUGACAUUUCAGUACCUCCCCUAUGCAGACGAGGGUUUUGUUUUAGCCAAUAAGCUACAGAGACCCAGAGAGGUGCUUUUAUACUGUGCUUGUAGCCUUAGUUAGGAUCAUCACACAUGGGUAAAUACACUUCAGAUAUUGCAAAUUUGUCUGUAUUAAUGCAUGGAUCAGGUUUAUGUCUCUUUAUUCACCUAUUGGCUAUCCCUUUGCUGAAAGAUUGAACACACACUGCACGCCUGUUCAGCUGGUGGACAACUUCUGGAGGUCAUUGUGCUUAACAGAAACACUUGAGUUCAUGCAAUUCAGUAGAAUUUUACCUUUAUGAAGGCUGCAGUGUUUAAUAUUUUGUGAGACUGUGUCAGAGAGGUAUUGUUUCAACUAUGUGACCAUGUCAAGGCAGUAGUUGUUGCUUCUGUUGUACUGGAUUGCAUGAAAUGUCCGGUGGUGAUGUCCGGUCAGUUCUGCACGUUUCUUCCUAUUUUAGUGGACUGUGGAGCAAAUGAAUAGCCUUCCUUUAACUCAGCAUUACAAUAUGAAAAAUGCUUUCCGGGUACAUUUGCAUAGUAAACAUCACAGUGCUUUAUGUCUAUGCAAAAGUCAUGUGCCGAUUUGAUUGUCAGUUCUGUAUCAGACCUCCACAAACCUCCCACCUCUGGUGUAAGUAGUCUGAGUAGUUAUUGUCUAUGGCAAACAUGGCGACAUCAUCCAUGAGGUAGUUCCAGGACAGUGCCUUAAAAGAAUUCAUGCUUGGUCAUGUGCACACACACACACACACAUUCAUGGUCAUGUGUGUAACACAACACAGUCAAACAACGAUUGAACUUUGAAAGCAGUGUUUUUGACCUUAGGGAGGUCUUCAAUCCAGUAUUUCAGCGAACCAAAGAAUGCUUCAUCUGUUGGCUCUGCACUGAAAACAGCUUUUUGUUCUUUCAGGAGUUUCAACACUAGACAGUGCAUUAAAACCCCAUUGGCCUGUGUCUGUAUCAUCAACUACAGCUAUAUCACUUGGUUUAAGCCCACACUACGUUCACUUGUAAACUAUGCACAGCAUAGUGAGAGUAUUUAUUUUCCUAUUUAUACCUAAGUUUUUGUUUUUUUUUCUAUUUCUUUUUUACACCAUACUAUGGGAGAUGAGUACAGCUUUGAAUUCUUUCACUCACUUUAUGGUAGGUUAUGUCCCUUCCCCUGUUUGUCUCUCGCCACAAGAGAAUCAGUAGCGCCAACACUGUCACUUCUACUUCUCUUGCAUUACUUUCUGUCUUGUGGCUAAAACGUGUGAUAAAGGAACAGGACACCAAACAUUACAACUGCACUUGUCGAUUUAACAAACUUACUUAUCCUUAUUUGACUGGUGUUGUUGGAUAUGGUUGAAAAGUGCAUUUAAUUUACAGAUAAAUAAAAUGUGCUGGAUGUUUCCACAGCAUAUUCAAUUUCAUCUUGAGGAUAUUUCAAAAUUAGACAAAAUGUAAGAUCUCCCUGAGUUUAAUUUUAUCUAUUUGGUAUGUUUUUAUUAUUAUUAUUAUUUUUUUUGUUUCAAACUAUUUCAGGAAAAUGGAUUUUUAAUGAUGAUGUACACAUUGAUUACCAGAGCACUGCAAUCCUGUUAAUCUUCCAAUUAUUUUGUAUUAUCGUUACUGCACUGCAAAAGAGUCUUUUAUAUUUAAUAAAUGUAUUUGAACCACCUAUA